UGUGCGCGCGUUCUGAAUUCGAUUUUUAAAAGUUUAUUUAUUUUUUAAGUGGUUAGCUAGGGAAAGACAAAACAUGGCCUGUCCUAUGAGGUCAAUGGAAGAUUCAGGCCAGGAUGGCAGCCACCUGGGCAACGAGGCGGGGAUGCUGUAUGGGGAGUACCUCAUGCUGGACAAGCUGCUCAGCGCCCAGAGGAUGCUCAGCGCCGAGUCUUCCAGGCCGGUCCAUGACGAGCACCUCUUCAUUGUCACUCAUCAAGCUUACGAGCUCUGGUUCAAACAGAUCAUAUACGAGGUAGACUCUGUCAGGUCGUUACUGGACGUGGAAGGGUUGGACGAGAGUCACACAAUGGAGAUCUUGAAGAGACUUAACAGAGUGGUUUUAAUUCUUAAGCUGUUGGUCGAUCAAGUGAUGAUCUUGGAGACCAUGACUCCACUAGAUUUCAUGGACUUCCGAAACUACCUCCGACCCGCUUCCGGGUUCCAGAGUCUACAGUUUCGUCUCUUGGAAAAUAAGUUGGGACUGAAGCAGGCUUUACGAGUGAAAUACAACCAGAAUUACCAGACCGUCUUCGGUGACGAUCCUGCCGCCAUGGACGCAUUACACAAGUCAGAACAAGAGCCAGCCCUCCUUGCCCUUAUAGAGCGGUGGUUAGAACGCACGCCUGGACUGCAAGCUCACGGGUUCAAUUUCUGGGGCAAGUUCCAAGCGGCCGUGAACAAAACUAUCACGGAUGAUAUUGAAGCUGCUAUGACGGAACCCAACGAGAAUGUUCGCCGGCACCGCCUGCAGGACGCUGAGAAUCGCCGGGAGAUCUACCGCUCCAUCUUCGACCCUAAAGUCCACAACGCAUUGAGGUCCAGGGGUGAGAGGAGGUUAUCGCACAGAGCCCUGCAGGGCGCCAUCAUGAUCACCAUCUACCGCGACGAGCCGCGCUUCUCUCAGCCCCACCAGCUGCUAACGCUGGUCAUGGACAUCGACAGCCUCAUCACCAAAUGGCGGUAUAACCACGUGAUCAUGGUGCAGCGCAUGAUAGGAUCCCAGCAGCUGGGCACUGGUGGUUCUUCAGGGUACCAGUACCUUCGGUCCACACUCAGCGACAGCUACAGGGUGUUCUUGGAUCUGUUCAACCUGUCGACAUUCCUGCUGCCUCGCUCCCUGAUCCCCCCCCUGGAUGACGGCAUGAAGAAGAGCCUGAACCUCACGUGGGGGGACAACGUGCGGGAGAACGGGAACGAAGGCGGCGACAUUGACAAGUUGGAGAUAGCGUGAUCUGAUAACAUCUUGUAGUGAUUAAGUCUCGAUGAAUUAAUGUAUGCUGUUGAUAGGCACUGGUACCCAAUAAAGAAAUGUAUAUUCUUA